CCCACGCGUUAUUAAGUAAUUGUGCCAAUAUGAUUAUAUUAUUAUUGAUACUUUGUGUAAUUGCAAUUUAUUUUUAUGGCACAAGAAAUCACGAUUAUUGGUUAAAGAGAAAUGUCGCUCACGUCCCUCCAAUCCCGUUCAUUGGAAAUCAUUUUCGAAAUCAAUUUGCAUUUAAAAAUAUCACCGCUAUCACUACCGAAUUGUAUAAUAAAUUUCCGAAAGAAAAAGUAGUAGGAUAUUACAGAUGGACCACACCGGAACUAAUAAUAAGAGAUCCUGAAAUAGUGAGGCAUAUUAUGAAUGUGGAUUUCGUGUAUUUUUAUCCUAGAGGACUUGGUAGAAAUCCGUCAGUAGAACCGUUACAAGCCAAUUUAUUUCACGCUGAUGGUGAUACUUGGAAACUUCUAAGACAACGAAUGACAUCCGCAUUUACUACAGCGAAAUUAAAAAAUAUGUUCCCGCUAGUCGUAAAGUGUGCAGAGAAGUUACAAUUGGUUGGAGAGGACAUUGUGUCAAACGGAGGAGAGUGUGAUGUUCGCGAUCUAAUGGCACGUUUCACAACUGAAUUUAUUGGAGCUUGCGGAUUUGGUAUUGAAAUGGAUACCAUCAAUAAUGAAAACUCAUUAUUUCGAGAUUUGGGUAAACUGAUUUUUAACAGAACGUUAAGCGACGUUGUAAAAUUAUUGAUAUGGGAAGGUUUUCCCAUAACUAGAAAUUAUUUACGUGUUUUCAAUUCUGAUAUAGAUAAAGUAAUAAUAGAUAUUGUUACAAAAAUAAGAGCUCAAAGAAAUUAUAAACCAUGUGGUCGGAACGAUUUCAUAGAUCUCCUGUUAGAAAUGGAAAGUAAAGGUAAAAUUAAAGGUGAAUCUAUUGAAAAAAGAAAUCCUGAUGGUACUCCGAUAGAAGUAGAAAUGGAAAUGACCCUAGAGUGUAUGGUAGCACAAGUAUUUGUAUUUUUCGCAGCAGGAUUUGAAACUUCCUCUUCAGCCACAAGUUCCAUGUUACAUCUAUUGGCUUACAAUCCAGAUAUUCAAUUUAAAAUUCAAGAAGAAAUUGAUCAGGUAUUACAAAAAUAUGAUAAUAAGUUAUGUUACGAUGCUAUAACAGAAAUGUCUUUACUUGAUAUGGCUUUCAAGGAAUCCAUGAGGUUACUUCCUACUGUUGGAAAUCUAAAUAGAGUGUGCGCAAAACAAUAUACUAUUCCAGAACUAAAUAUCACUAUUGAUCCAGGAGUCAAGAUCAUAAUCCCAAUAGCUGCAAUUCAAAACGAUGAGAAGUAUUUCGACAACCCCGAGGAAUUUAGACCCGACAGGUUCAAACCUGAAGCGAUGAAAAGUCGCCAUCACUAUACGUACUUGCCAUUUGGAGAGGGACCACGGGCAUGUAUCGGUGCUCGUCUAGGUUAUAUGCAGUCGUUGGCAGGCCUAGCUGCUGUUCUUCACAAGUUUGACGUCGAGCCAACGAAGAACACUCGUAGGUGGCCCAUCAUCAAUCCUCGCUCUAAUCUCGUACCGGCAGUAAUAGGAGGACUGCCUCUCAAAUUGAGCCUUCGAUAAAUUUGUAGCUAAAUAAUGAUGAUGGUGUAUUAUAUUAUUAAUUCGACGGCCUCGGUGACCUAGCGGUUUAGUACACCGCUUUACUUCUGAUGGUCGCGGAUUAGAUUCCUCGCUUGGUGUAAACAUUUGUA